AUGUUUUUCUUUUGUUUUACUUUAUCUUGUUUAUACAAUUUUGUGUUUGGAGUGAAUUAUUUUGGGCCACAACCUAGAAUAGUGUCUCAAGAUGGCCACCUAAUAUUUUAUGCUGCAGUUCAUAAAAAUAUUAGCUUACAAACUCAAGGAAGAGGAAAAAUACACGUUAAUGGAAUUGACUUAUCUCAAACAGCUAAGUUAACGACUAGCGCAUUUGAAGCUAUGAAAAAAUAUCAAACAAAUUUCGAAAACACUUUUGAAAAAGUUUCAAGAUUUGAGCAACUUCUUGACGAUGGGUUAAUGCAAAAAAUAACAACACUGAACGGUAGAACAAAUGCCACAAUACAAUUGCCAGUAAACAGCGCGUCUGUGGUACGAAGUGUUCGAAGGUUGAACAGAAGAGUUACUGCUCUCCAAAAAUCUGUGAAAAUGUUGGCUGAACUUUUAGAAGUUGAUGAUUGUCAGAGUAAUCCUUGUAAAAACGGAGGUACUUGUCAAGAUUUAUUUAAUGCUUUUCUAUGUCAAUGUCCACCUGAGUGGGAGGGGCCUUUUUGCGACAAAGAUGUAAACGAAUGUGCCAGAUUUGCAGGAACGGAUUUAGGGUGUCAAAACGGCGCAACUUGCGUUAACCGGCCAGGUUCAUACGAGUGUUUGUGUUCCCGUGGAUGGUUUGGACUUCACUGCAGACGGCGAAGCGUAGAUUGUAGAGAAGGUUCCAAUUCAGAGCUUUGUGGUCACGGCACUUGUGUCACACAAUAUAAUGAUGUUGGAUAUAAAUGUAUUUGUGAUGAAGGAUGGACAACAGAUGGUAAAACUCCAGCUUGUAAUACUGAUGUUAAUGAAUGUACAUCAAAUAAACCUCCUUGUUCUGUUAAUCCGCUUGUACAGUGCAUUAAUCUACCGGGAUCUUUCCACUGCGGUAGCUGUCCAGCUGGAUACACUGGCAAUGGCUACUACUGUACAGACAUUGACGAGUGCAGUACAACAUUAAACGGGGGAUGUAGUACCAAUCCAAUGGUACAGUGUAUCAACACUCUUGGAUCGAGAUUUUGCGGAAGUUGUCCUCCUGGAUACGUAGGAGAUGGAGUAACCUGUUCAUAUCAAGGAGUAUGUAGCGUAAAUAAUGGGGGUUGUCACUCUUUGGCAACUUGCAGAAGUAACCCAAGGAUUAGUUCUACUUUUGUCGAAUGUAUUUGCCCUAAUGACUACACCGGUAAUGGAAUUGGACUUAAUGGUUGUGUCCGUUCGUUGCCUGCAGCUCAAGGUCCUUGUACGUCAAAUCCUUGUAGACGUGGAUUUUGCAGAGUUACUAAUGGGACCGAUUACACGUGCCACUGUCCCAGAAGAUAUACAGGUAAAAACUGUGAAAAAUUCCGUGAUUUAUGUGCUUCCAACCCGUGCCAAAAUGGAGCAACUUGUACUUCAUUGUUGGGCACAUCUUAUCGGUGUUCCUGUCCAUCGGCUUAUACAGGACUGCGUUGUGAAACUCAAAAGCAAGAUUGUGGUGGUCGAUUGGUGGGAGAAACUGGUGCAUUGGUUUUUCCUUCGGGUUCUUCACAGACUUACGGAAGUGCAAUGAGUUGCGCUUGGAUCAUAGAAACAAAUGUUACCAAAGUCCUAAAUAUCACUUUCAAACGUUUUGAUGUCGAAGGAUCCCAUGGUUGUCGUUAUGAUUGGCUACAGAUACAUGAUGGGAAAAAUACACUAGCACGAUCUUUGGGUAGAUUUUGUGGGCACCAGUUACCAAAUGGCGGAAAUAUUGUUACGACUCAUAAUACUGUCUAUCUGUGGUUUAGAUCGGACCAUUCUGUUGCAGCGGAAGGUUUUGAAUUAAACUGGACAUCGAUUGUACCAUUUUGUGGAGACCAAUUGAAAGAAGUGAUUUCUCAUGGAAUUAUCCAGUCGCCCGGAUCUCCUGGCAACUACCCAAAUAAUCGUGACUGUUAUUGGCCACUCCAAGCUCCAGCAGGAAAACGCCUUGUAUUCAAUUUCUUCACUCUGAUGAUUGGAAAUAACUCAGCCUGUGAUCAUGAUUAUUUAGAAUUUAUUAUUGGAACUGAACCAUCAGAUCCAGUUUUCGCCAAAUUUUGUAAUACAACUCAUCCGUCUCCACUAUUUUCUCCUUCUGCCGAGGUUUUGGUCCAUUUCCACUCUGAUAUGGAUAAAAGCUACCCAGGAUUUCAAAUUACAUAUUUUGUAGUCGAAGGAAUGCCGGGAUGUGGGGGAGUUUACACGAGAUAUCAAGAUGAAAUUCGGUCUCCCGUGUAUAACGGAAAUUACCCGAACGAUAUUCAGUGUGAAUAUAAAAUCCAACUGUCGACAAGUACACGAAUAAAAUUAACUUUUCUUUCGUUUGAUGUCGAAGAUUCUGAAGAGUGCCAAUUCGAUUAUGUUGCAAUUUACGCGGGUACUACAGUUGAUGCUCCCCUAAUUGGCAAGUAUUGUGGGCAAAACGUACCCUCACCAUAUAUCACCGAAAAAGGUCAAGUUUUAAUUGUGUUUAAAACCGAUUGGAGUACUAGUGGAGAAGGCUUUGCUCUUCGAUAUGAGACUGUUUGUGGAGGAACUUACACUGCACCUUCUGGUGUAAUAGAAUCUCCAGGUUAUCCAAACAAAUACGAUCAUUCUUUGGAAUGCAUCUACGAAAUAGUACAACCUCUUGGAAAUAUCAUUAAACUAAAUAUCGUUGAUCUGGAUUUAGAGAGUAACAUAAAUACCCAUUGCAUCUUCCACUUUUUGGAAAUAAGAGACGGCCACGACAAAAACUCAACACUAAUAGGAACCUACUGCGUCAACAAUGUACCUUUGAUAGUGUCAACUUACAAUUACUUAUGGAUAAGAUUCACAUCGGAUUCCAUUAAUAAGGGAAAGGGAUUUAGAGCAUAUUACACAACCACUAAUUUUGGUUGUGGAGGCAUAAUGAAAGAAAAAACUGGUAUUUUUUCAACACCAAAAUAUCCCCAAGUCUACCUUCCCGGCACAGUGUGUAAGUGGAUAAUUUCAGCUUCACCUGGUAAUGUCAUUCAAAUAACUUGGUUGAAUUUUCAACUCGAGAAAAGUUCUGAAUGUUUAUACGAUGCUGUGGAAGUUUUUGAUAAUAAUACUGAGAUUGGUCAGGGGUCUUCAAUUGGAAAAUUCUGCGGUACACUCGUUCCGCCGGCAAUGUUAAGCACUUCGAAUUUAGUUACCAUCAUUUUUCACUCGGACCAAACUUACAAUUUGGGCGGUUUUGUGGCUUCUUAUAACACUCUUCUUGAAUCAACAGUAUGUGGAGGAAAUUACUAUUCCAGCGCUGGUAUAAUAAAAUCUCCGGGAUACCCGAAUAAUUAUCCUSUCAAUAUUGAAUGUACUUGGACGAUUCAAGUUAAACCGGGUCAUCAAAUAAUGUUAAACGUGACCGAUUUUCAUUUAGAACACUACACCAUAUGUAGAUACGAUUGGUUGGAAAUACGUAAUGGAGGAAGCUCAGUGUCUCCUUUAUUGGGAAGAUACUGUAAUACAGAUAUUCCCAAAAUGAUUCCAUCACACGCUAAUAAAUUAUAUAUUCGAUUUAAAUCCGAUAUGACAAAAUCUGCCAGAGGUUUUAAAAUUACAUGGGAAGCCACGGCGACUGGUUGUGGGGGCGUUUUAAAUAGCCCUACUGGAUCUAUAAUAUCUCCAAAUUAUCCAGAACCAUACAAUGUGAACACAGAAUGUAUCUGGAAAAUUUCGAUAAGUGCAGGCUCACUCAUCCAGUUGGUUUUCUCAGAUCUGGAUCUUGAAGAAUAUACCGAAUAUCCGCCUUCUAUUGAGUGCAAUUGGAAAAUACAAGUUGAUUUUGGAAACAAUAUUGAAAUUACUUUUCACAAACUAGAUAUUGAAAAAACAUCCAUUUGUCAUUUGGACUACAUAAUAUUGUACAAUGGUGAAGAUGAAACAUAUCCUGAGAUUGCAACGCUUUGCCAUCAGAAUAAACCAAUCACAUUAAGAAGUUCCGGGAGUUUUAUGUUUGUCAAAUUUAAGGCAGAUUCUUCGGUUCAGGGAUUGGGAUUUUAUGCAAAUUAUACAAGUACACCCACUAGCUGCGGAGGUACUUUGACGGCCCCGACUGAUUAUAUCAUUUACAACAACAAUUCAAGAAGCACUUAUAGUUAUCUAAGAACAUACAACACCAAGUGUCAAUGGAACAUCACCGUCCGUAGUGGUAGGACAAUAGAAAUGGAAUUCUUGUCCUUCAAUAUACACCACGAUACCAACAAAGGUUGCGACAAUUAUCUUAUGAUCCGAAAUGGAAAAUUUCCAGAUUCGCCAAUCCUCGGCAGUGGUAAAUAUUGUGGAGAACAAAAACCACCAACUCUUAAAACUACCGGAAAUAACGCUUUUAUUAAAUUUGAAGGAAUUAGCAGUUUAACGAAUUUUGUUUUACGCUACCGCGAAGUGUCCUAUGCAUGCGAUAGUGAAAUAGUUUUAACAAAAUUUGCCAACGCCACAGAAAUACAUUCUCCCAAUUACCCAAAUAUACCGCCGCCUCAUGUAGAGUGCAAUUGGAGAAUAAUGGCUCCGCCUGGUGAAAUUAUUCGCAUUGAUUUUAUUGACAGAUUCGAUUUAAAAAUCCAAAAUAAUUGUACAAACGAAUAUGUUGAAGUGCGCGACGGUGGUACUCAAUAUUCGAGACUAAUCGGAAAAUUCUGCGAAAAACCAAAUUCCCAGUUUAGUACCGAUAAUAUGAUGUUUGUGAAGUUUUUCACAGAGUUGAAUGACCCGAGUAAUGGGUUUAAAGCCAGGAUAGUUUUGGCCAAUUGUGGAGGGAGUAUUCAUAGUAAAACUGGUCAAAUUCAGUCACCAUUUUUCAACGUGCCUUCGAAAUAUCCAGUCGAUGUUAAUUGUACUUGGCAUUUAAUUUCACUAUCGAAUCACAAUAUGGAUAUUAAGUUUGAUAAAAUUGACUUGGAAGAAGCUUCGAAUUGUACGCGCGUGGACCAUGUUAAAAUUUACGAAAGAAAUGAAGUUGACAACACAGAAUAUAUUCUGGGCAAUUUUUGUGGUAAAAAGCUCCCAGAGUUAAUCCAGACCUCAGGAAGUGAAGCUAUAGUUCACUUCCAAACUGGUAACAUCAAAAAAGAAUUGGGUGGAUUUUCAUUGAAAUUCAACGCAAGCGCUGAAGUAUGUGGUGGUACUAUCGAAGCUUCAGAAGGUACAAUCAAAAGUCCGGGAUAUCCCAAUCCGCAUAGAAUUUAUAGAAGAUGUAGUUGGACAAUUAUAGUACCAAAAGGUCGUCGAGUAACUCUCAAAAUUGAAGAUUUUGGCUUAGACAAUCGAUUAAAAGGAUCAUGGCUUACCGGAUUAAUUAUUUACCACGAUAAGAAUUUUAAAGGAUAUAUUAAAAAAGUUAGUACAAGUAACGAAGUUAUCGAGUCUUCGGAAAACCACAUCUUCGUUUACUAUUGGUCACCGGGGACUAUGGGAAGAGGUUUCAAAGCGAAAUUUACUUCCAACAACCCAUCUGUUGAUGGGCCUGCUUUAGGGUGUGGAGGAAAAAUUGUAUUAAACAAGACGAUGACUUUACAAGCACCCAAUUUAGCCGACAUGGACUGYCUUUGGACUAUUCAAUCGAAAAUUGACUCAACUGUAAGAAUUCAUUUUGAUGAAUUAAAUUUACCGUCAAGAUGCGGUUUGACUAAUCACACGAUCACCAAUUGCAGUUGUGCAGCUCUUGAGGUAAGAGAUGGACACUCUGGUGUUGGGGAAUUAAUUGAGACGUUUUGUGGAAUCACAGAUACACAUUACUCAAGAGAAAUUACAGUGUCUGGAAAUGUUGUGGGACUACGACUUCGAACAAGAGGAGCUAAUUCGAAAGCUUUUAAAGUAACUUUAACACCAGUCGCUUCAAUUUGUGGUCCAUUUUAUUUAAAUGUAACAGAAGAAAUUAAAACUUUGGUUUCGCCUGGAUAUCCACACAAAUAUCCCAGUGACUUGAGCUGUACAUGGAUUCUCAAGGGAUAUUCACGAUUUGUUAUUCGAUUUAUUGAUUUUGAUAUGAAUGAAGAAAAUAACCAGUAUGUUGUGAAUAAUGUUUGUAGUGAAGACAAACUGGAGAUUGUUGAUAAUUUGGGUUCUCUGUACUCAACUAACGAUCCGGGUCCUUCAUUCACAGUUUACGGUGACAGAAAGUUAACAACUGAUUUUUUGAGAUACGAAUUUCUGACUGGUAGCCAUCAGUUUUGUGGCAAAUCUGAAAAACCAUUUGAUUACUAUUCUCAGUUUUACCAAUUAAAGAUUAAAUUUAAAUCAGGAAAUCUAGACAAGGAUCGUGGUAAAGGUUUCAAACUUGAAUAUCAAAAAACUGGAUGCAACCAAAAUUUCACGUCUUUGCAAGGACGUAUAGCCUUAAAUGAUGCGAAAACUUUCGAUUGUUUCCAAACUAUAACAGUACCCAAAAACUACACAAUUUCGCUUUAUUUCCAACAAAUUACCGUAUAUCAUAGCGAGGGAUGUCAAAAUGCUGGUAUUGAAAUACGAGAUGAAAAUUCUAAGGGAAUUUUAUUCCAAAAAGCUUGUGGUUAUUAUAUCCCAAAUCCCGUUUUUUCCACGACAAAUAAAUUAUGGAUACAUUCCUGGAAUAAUAGAAACCGUUAUCCAAUAUAUUACAACCUUGUGUAUACUGCGUCGAACAAAGGAAGAGGAUGUGGUGGUCUUAUGUAUAACUACAAAGGAACAUUUAGUAGUCCACUUCAUCCCAUGGCUUACAAAAAUAGCACUCCUUGUGUUUGGGAUGUGAGGACACCUAUUGGCAGAAGAGUUGCCCUCAAGUUUACCGUUUUUGAUAUACAAGGUGACUGUUCAGAAACGUAUGUUAAAGUGACUACUUACGAAAAGGAAACUUCAAAUGAUCACAAAUACUGUAAAAAUGACGAUCCGGCUGUAUUGUAUUCCAAUUCACGUAUUUCGAUUACGUAUCAGUCUUCGCCAAAGAAUGAUGGUUCAGGAUGGAUCGCAAUAUUUGAAGCAGUAAAUCAGUAGUUGAUGUUAUACUGUUUCAUGUAUGAAUUAUAAUCAAUAAAUUUGUAAACACUG